AUGGCAUACAAUCAGCAGCAUGGCGCGGCCGACAGCUACUACCAGCAAGGCCAGCAGGAUGUCAAUAUGCAGGCCCAACCACCGCAAUACGGGCAACAGCAAUACCAGAAUGCAGGACAAGGACCGUAUCAGCAACCAUAUCCGCCCCAGAAUCAACAGUAUCCGCAGGAACCACCGCGAUUCGAUGCGCAACAGCAGGGGAAUUUGAAUGAGAAGGUGGGCUUCGAUCAGCAGUUCAAACUCGAUAAGCCGAAAUUCAACGAUCUAUGGGCUGCGUUAUUGUUCCUCGCGACGUUUUUAGGAUUCGUGGCUGUUAGUGGACUGGUGUUGUAUGGGUAUAGUCAUACGAAGGGUCAGCAGGGAGGAGGGAUUUAUAAUGGUGCUUCUACGUUCGCGUUGAAUACGAAUACCGUCAUUUUAUUCGCUUUUGUCCUGGCUGUGGGUUUCGUGUUAAGUUUUGCGUAUUUCUGGAUCAUUCGAGCUUUUACGAAACAGGCUAUUUGGAUUACUGGUAUAUUGCAGAUAGUCUUUGGUAUCGGAACAGCCAUUGUAUAUUUUGCCAGAGGAUACUACAGCGCCGCAAUUGUCUACCUAAUCUUCGCCGUCUUCUACAUCUUCUGCUUCAUAAGCUGGAUCCCACGCAUCCCCUUCUCAGUCCUCAUGCUACAAUGCGUAAUCGACGUCUCCAAGAACUACGGGCACGUCUUCCUCGUCUCCCUCAUCGGCGGCAUCGUUGCAACCGCCUUCGGCGCCUGGUUCUCCGUAACUCUCGUAGGCGUUUACGCAGCGUACUAUCCCGGUGGACCAAACUGUACCGAGUACAGCUGCAGCAAAGCCAAAGUGAUCGGUCUCCUCGUCUUCAUCACCUUCGCUGGAUACUGGAUCACAGAGGUCAUCAAGAACGUCAUCCACGUAACCAUCUCAGGCGUCUAUGGCUCCUGGUAUUUCUGCUCGCAGAAACCAGGCGGCGUGCCCAAGGGCGCAACGAUGGGCGCGUUCAAACGCGCAAUGACAUACUCAUUUGGCAGUAUAUCUUUCGGCUCCCUACUCGUCGCUCUAAUUCAACUCCUCCGCCAAGCCUGCUCAAUCGCCAAACAGAACGAAAUGGCACAAGGAAACAUCUUCGGGACCAUCAUGUUCUGCAUUCUCGGCUGUUUCAUCGGGUUACUCGAGUGGGCGAUUCAAUUCUUUAAUGAAUACUCAUUCUCCUACAUCGCGUUAUACGGGAAAGCUUAUGUCCCCGCUGCAAAGGCAACCUGGCACAUGAUGAAAGACCGCGGCGUCGACGCCCUCGUAAACGAAUGCCUCAUCAACCCCGUCCUAACAAUGGGUUCCGUAUUCGUCGCCUACGUGUGUUCCUUCCUCGCGUACCUGUACCUCGAAUUCACCAAGCCCGAGUACAACGACGGAAACGCCUUUACGGCCGUCGUCAUGGCGUUCUCCUUCCUCAUCGGAUUGCAAAUCUGUAAUAUCUUCCUCGUACCGAUCAAGAGCGGUGUGGCGACUUUCUUUAUUGCCAUGGCGUUUGAUCCUGAGGUGUUGGUUAAUGAGUAUCCGGAUUUGUGGCGGAGGAUGGUGGAGGUUUAUCCGCAUGUGCAGCAGGCUAUUCAUGUUUAA